AUGUCGGGCCCGAUGCGAACCUUCGUGGCGCGCUCCAUGAACUCAUGGCGCCGGCCGGCCUUUGGUUGCGGUUUUCAAGCGUUGCGACUUUCCAGCACAGCUUCGUCACCCAAACCUCCGUUCACCUCUCCAGCUUUAAUCUCAUCUCUUUGCGCGGGGUUGAUUCUUGGUUUUGGUGCCUCUCAACUCCUUCCCUCGGACAAAUUACCGGUGAAGCCCGCUUAUGGGACUCCCAAAGACUUCGACAAGGCCAUCGAAGAACUUAGGACGGCGUUUCUGACUCGCGAGGGCGUGGUGUCAACCAACUCCGAUGAUUUAGCCAUCCACGGUCUUUCAACAAACACAUACCACACAGGCGUGCCUCAUAGCGUGGUUGUGUACCCCGAAUCGACCGAGGAUGUCGUCCAAAUUGUUAAAAUCGCGAAUAAAUAUAAAAUGCCGAUGAUUCCGUAUAGCGGUGGGACUGCAUUGGAGGGUCAGUUCAUCGGGAAUUCCAAAGGCGGUAUCUGCGUGGACGUAUCGUCAAUGAACCGAAUACUUGAGAUACACGAGUCUGAUGCAGACGUUGUAUGUCAGGCUGGGGUUAGCUGGGUGGAGCUCAAUGAAACGCUGAAGGAGAAGGGCAUACCUCUCUUCUUUCCCAUAGAUCCUGCUCUAGGAGCCACAAUCGGUGGUAUGGCGAGCACUGGUUGUUCUGGAACUAAUGCUGUCCGGUAUGGGACCGCAAAAGCCGAAUGGUUCCUCAACUUGACUGUCGUGCUACCAAAUGGUCAAGUCAUCAAGACCCGGCGUCGCUCACGGAAAUCUUCUGCUGGAUUUGAUACCACCAAGCUGUUCAUCGGAGCUGAAGGCACACUGGGUAUCAUCACUGAAGCAACCAUUCGACUAGCACCUGUCAUGUCUACGACCGUAGCGAGUGUGCAGUUCCCAGAUGUCAAGUGUGCCGUUGAGGCAUCGAUCGAGAUUUUACGAAGUGGUGUCGCACAGGGUAUUCGUAAGCCUCGUAUCAUAGCUCUCGUUUCGCCCCAAAGCCAACUCGUUGCAGAAUGUGUCGAACUAGUCGAUGAUGCUUUUCUAGACGCUACGAAUAAAUAUGGAGCAUCGUCCCACAAAUAUGUUGUUUCCGACGGCCUGUUUUUCAAAUUCCAAGGCGCAAACGCAUCUGUCCUGUCCGAAGUUGCUCGGACUGCGAAGCAAAUUUGUCUGAAACAUCAGGGAAUCGACUUUCGUCUGGCCAAAAACGAUAAUGAGGCAGAAGACAUCUGGGCGGACCGCAAAAACGCGCACCAUAUCGGUCUGUCGAUACUUCCUGGGUCGAAAGGUCUGGCAACAGAUGUUUGCGUGCCUGUUUCGCAACUCCCUACGCUCGUACUCGAGACCAAAGCGGAUCUGAUUGCCAAUGGAAUCCCUUAUACGAUGGUCGGCCACGUAGGGGACGGGAACUUCCACACCCUAAUGCUAUCGCGAAAUGCAGAAGAAUUUGCGAAGGUGCAUGAUGCCGCACAUCGAAUGGUAGAGCGAGCAAUCAAGCUCGACGGGACCUGCACGGGAGAGCAUGGCGUAGGUGUUGGGAAGCGGGAGUUUUUAGUGGAGGAGCUUGGUGCUGGGACGGUCGCCCUUAUGAAGUCAAUCAAGAGCACGAUCGAUCCACUAGGGUUAAUGAAUCCCGGAAAGCUAUACCCAGAUGACGAAGUUGUGCCCAAGCACUAA